AUGGCCGAAUCGCCCGAUGGCUACCGUGACCGAAAGCGGCAUCGCUCGCCGCGCGACUCCCCAGGCCCUUCGCAUGACCGCGACCGACGGAGGCGUGGUGACGACGAUCACGAGAGCAGCUCACGACGCCGCGAUGACCACCGAAGCUCGCGCCGGGACAGUCCGCGAAGAAAGUCCUCUCGCAGUCCAUCCGGUCGAAGCAGCCACCACAGAGACUCCGACCGCCGUCGUCGAGAGUGUCGAGACCGCGACCGGAGUCCAGACGACGACCGAAGAAGACGCCGGCACCGCUCUCCCGACGAACGGCGAUCUCAUCGACGCCACCGGGACCGAGAUGGAGACGACGAUAGGAAAAGAGAUAGGGAAAGGGAAAGGCCCUCUCGAAGGCAUCGAAGCACCUCCCAUUCCCGCUCGCCGGCCCGACGCUCGCGAAGCCCACCAUCGCGCGAGGUGAAACGGUCGCGAGGACCUCUUCCUUCGCAGAACGACGCAUACAAAUCGGAGGUGCCGCAAGGAGGGGAUUCCGUGGCUCCGCCGGUUGAGAAAGAGAAGCCGAACUUUGGCAACACGGGCCGCUUGGCGGCGGAGAGCAACACCGUCGCGGUCAACGGGGAGUCGGUCGUUCUCAAGUAUCACGAGCCUCCGGAAGCGCGCAAACCACCCGGCAAAGAGCCCUGGCGGCUCUACGUGUUCAAAGGUGAGGACUUGCUGGAAGUGGUCCAGCUGAACGAACGCAGCUGCUGGCUCAUCGGACGAGAGCGGUUGGUGGUGGAUUUCCCGUUGGAUCACCCGAGUUGCUCGAAGCAGCACGCCGCCUUGCAGUUUCGGUUCGUCGACAAGCGCAACGAAUUCGGCGAUCGCAUCGGAAAAGUCAAGCCUUAUCUCAUUGACUUGGAGAGUGCCAACGGGUCGAGCGUGAAUGGAGAACCUGUCCCAGGCGGAAGGUAUGUGGAAGUGAGAGACAAGGAUGUGCUCAAGUUCGGUCUAAGCAGUCGAGAAUAUGUCCUUAUGCUACCUCCGCCGGAAUAA